CUACCGCGCUUUCGCAAAUUCUUGACUAAUUCACCUCAAUGAGUUGAAGGUUGUCUCUUACUCCAUGGCAAUGUUUGAUGAUCUUGUGGCGGAGGGUUACUCCCUCGCCCAACGCGACUGGCGACUCACCAUCGUCGUCGCGUCCCUGCUUCCCUUCGCCCUCACAUAUCUCAUCACCUCCCUACGCGCCUUCCUCGCCGCAAACAAUAAAAGUGAUUCUAGAUCUGCUCCCAUCGCCCCCUACGCCGUACCAUUUGUGGGAAAUCUGAUCUCCUUUCUCUACGACAACGAAAGAGCCGUCCGCAAUGCCCUCAGCAGACACGCCCGCGACGUCCCUGUGCGCUUCCGCCUCGCCAAUAGGAAACUUACCUUGAUCUCCGGCACCGCGAAUGUGCUCGCCAUGUUCCGCGGCUCGCGCUACCUCGACUCGACCGAAAUCAUCAUCAUCACCGUUGACAACGCCUUCGGUGGCGCCGGCGCCGGCCGCGAGAGCUACGCCCUCGACGACACGGGAAGCCGCAAGGAGCCGCUGCCUGGUUCACGCCCCCUCAAUAUGAGCGAUCGUAUCUGGUACCUGCAGCACAAGACUGUGCACACGAACCUUGUUGGCCCACCCCUUGUUGAGAUCGCUGAGCGCUUUGUCCAAUACAUGGGCGAGGAGCUUGACCGCGCUAUCCCUGAAUCAGAGACAGACUGGGUUGACGUGCCUGACUUCUACGGCCUCAUCCAGUCGACCAUGUUCGCCGCCAGCACCAACGCCAUCUACGGUCCUCACCUGAUCGGACUGAAUCCCGACAUUAACAAGGACUUCUGGGAAUACGACCACCACAUCCCGACGCUCUUCAAGCUAGUGCCGCGUCUCUUCGCGCCCAAAGCCUACGCUGUGCGUGAUCGCCUGCUCGCCUCCAUCAAGAAGUGGCAGGCACACGCGCGUGCGAACCUAGACUUCAACGACCCAAAGCUGGAGGGCGUGGUGUGGGAGGAGUUCUACGGGUCGAAGAUGAUGCGAGACCGCGCUGUGGAUUAUACAGGCGUGAAGGGCAUGACAGACGACGUGCGCCCGACAUUUGACAUAGGACUACUUUGGGCCGCAAACGCAAACAUUGUCCCUACAGUUGGCUGGUGCCUCAUCGACAUCCUCACGCGCCCUGCCCUGGCAGCUACGGCGCGUGCCGAGAUCGCAGCACUCUCCCCCGGCGGGGGUAUUGACAUGCAAGCCCUCCUGGCAAGCCCACUCCUCCAAUCCAUCUAUGCGGAGGAGCUGCGCCUGCGCAACGCCAUCUUCAUCCAGCGCACGCCCAUUGUCGACACCUUCAAGAUUGGACCAUGGAAGUUUCCGAAGGGCGACCUGAUCAUCGCGUCGAGCUGGCAAGAGGCGCGGAAUCGGGAGACGUGGAAUCAGCAUGGUAGGGAUGGGGAGAAGCAUGAUGUGGAGGAAUUUUGGGCGGAGCGCUUCUUGGUGUACAAGGAUCAUCCUCUUAGCGGCCCUAGACUCAUUGAUCCCGCGAAGUUGAAGGGCGGCGAGGAGGCGGAGAAGGCGGAGGGCGGCGAGGCGGUGCCGCCAAAGUUCGCGCCGGAGAAGGUGGCGGGCCAGUUUAUCCCGUAUGGUGGCGGGGAGAACAUUUGUCCAGGCCGGUUUUAUGCGAAGCAGGAGGCAAUGGCGGGGAUGGCACUGUUCCUGUCUAAGUUUGAGAUCGAGCUCCAGCUGGAGCCGGGACGAGUGCUGGAGCCGAAUAAGAAGCAGUUUGGGUUUGGGGUUAUGGGGCCGAAGGGGGAGAUUAAGGCGAGGAUGCGGAGGAGGAAGGCAGAGUAGGGAAUGGGGGCUAAGGGCUAGAGUCUGGGCGUUAGGGGUCGAGUGUGUAUGCGGGCAUAUAUGUGUAAGUAAAUAAGUAUAUAAGUAUCUAAGCUCAGUAGGUCCACGCUGUGGGACUGCGUAGUCUCAACCAAAAUGAGUAUAUUCUGCACGGUCAGGAUAGACUAAGACGAGAAGUUCGCUGAUAAGUGUUCAGUGAAAGUCUUGUCGGCGUGCGGGCUGUUCGUUGUUGGUUGUCGGGCUAGCAUUAGUGGAGAUGCUGAGUGUGCAGGUAUGGGAAAACUACGAUGGAACGGAUGCAUCCAGUUAGUAGUUGAUUAAUUAGUGAUAUGAUAUUUAUAUAUUGAGCGCGUGGUGUGGUUAAUCCACCGGUCAGGGAGGCG